AUGACGAUAAGAGUGAGAUACGCACCUUCACCCACAGGAUUUCAACAUUUAGGCGGUGCACGAACAGCGUUACUAAAUUAUCUUUUUGCCCGCUCUCAUAAUGGAGUAUUUAUUCUCCGCAUAGAAGACACGGAUACUGCAAGAUGCGAAGAAAGAUACGUUGAUGAUCUUUAUUCUUCACUCGAAUGGUUAGGUAUAAGAGCUGACGAGCAAGGAAACGAAGGGGAAUACGCACCAUAUAUUCAAUCGCAGAAAAAAGAAAGAUACAGAGAAGUCGCUAACACUCUUGUAGAGACUGGUACAGCAUAUCGCUGCUAUACAUCAUCGAAGGAGAGUGGGGUAGUAUACAAUAGAUCCUCACGUAAUUUAAGUAAGAAGCAAAGAAAACGAUUUGAAGAAAAAGAAGCUAGAGGUGAAAUACGUUCUGUUAUUCGUCUUAAGCUACCGUUGACAGGGGAAAAGGUAUUUCAUGAUAUGCUCCUAGGGACUAUACAUAAGAAAUUUGCAGAUAUGAUUGUCGAUCCAAUACUCAUAAAAUCUGAUGGCCUUCCCACCUACCAUUUAGCUAAUGUUGUAGAUGAUCAUGAUAUGAAAAUAUCGCAUGUGCUUCGUUCACAGGAAUGGAUACCAUCUACCCCUGUUCAUAUGUAUAUCUAUGAAGUAUUAGGGUGGAAGUCACCUGUAUUUUGUCAUCUAUCUAUGAUUUUAGGUGAGGACGGACAAAAACUUUCAAAACGUAAUGGGUCACUGAGCAUACAAGAAUUGAAGAAGAUGGGAGUGCUCCCGGAAGCACUCUUAAAUUAUAUAGCACUGCUUGGUUGGGGAUAUGAUGAUAAAAGAGAGUUAUUCUCCAUGCAAGAUUUAGUUGAACACUUUUCUAAUGGGACUAUGCACAAAAACCCCGCGAAGUUCAGUAUGGAUAAAUUACUCUGGUUUAAUACACGUUAUAUAAAACAACUAUCUGACACCGAGCUUCUUCAUAUAGUUCUCCCUCUUCUUGUAAAAGAGUAUACUAUUGAAAAUAGAGAAGAACUUGCACGUACUAUAUCUCCCCUUAUCCCAGAGAUCAAAGAACGCAUGGAAUAUGUGCACGAUGCGGUCGCAUUACUUGCACCACUCUUUACACGUCCUCAUGUACAGAAAAGUAUAGAGCUUAUUGAUGCAGCAAAGUAUAGAGAAAGCAUGGAGGGCUUAGAAUGCGCAAAGCAUGUUUUAGAGAACAAAACGUAUACGACUACUACAGAGUUGGAGACUGUAAUUCGUAAGGUGGCAAAGCGUAACUGUAUAAAGUUAGGUCAUAUACUCAUGCCCCUUCGAAUCGCACUUACAGGAAGCAAGGUUUCUAUUCCUAUUUUACCGCUUGUUUUUGCGUUAGGAAAGGAAAAGGUCUUUGAAAGAAUAAGGGCAUUGAAAGAAAAAUUACACAUUGCAUUGGAGGUUGAUAGUGGAAAGUAG